AUGUUGCAGGUGGGCGUGACAGUCGCCGAAGACGGGGCGACGGAAUUAUGCUGUCAUGGGAUCAUCGGCCAGCACCAGAAGAAGCGGCCUCUCAUCCUCAUUCGCACCUUCCUCCAGAACCCGGCCGACAGCAUAACAUCUCGACUCUAUUCUAUCUACCUAUGCAAGCAGACUGUUCCUCCCUCUGCCUGCCUUACCUACUCCUCCGUUCUCCUAGCACAAAGCUCCUUCGUCUGGGCUCAGGCGAACAAAAACCUACUAAUCACCCGUACAUCGGAACUUGUGCCACGUAACUUGGGGAACUCCUCACGCGAUCCCUUCAUCUAUCCCCGGCGUGCAACCUCUACCUUCGCCUCUCAGCAAACAAAGGAUAGCCAUCCUGUCCACAAAAGAGCUGGCCCUUCGCCAUCGAGUCAAGGCUCUGGUACCUUUCAUAUGGUAGCUAGCUCCGCUGCGACAUCCUCCACCAUGGAGGUCACUAGCAGUUACACCAAUGGCUAUUCAAAGAGCGGUCCCGGGGUGAACGGCGUUACGAAUUCCACUCCUGCUCUUCAGAGGCAGCCCAGCCCAUCUAGAGGUCCCACCAUCUUGGGUCGCGUUUUCAACACGGUUGCCAGGCUCUUCACUUGGUAUGCCAUCAUCACCCUCCUCUUCCGCUGCCCGCCUACCCUCGACGACUGCGACGAAUCAUCCCCAAAGAUAUGCAGGCCAUACUUCCGCGCAAAAGAGAUCGUGUCGCCUCAUGUGCAGCCGUACUACGACACCUAUGCCGCGCCCUAUGUCCACCUGGCCAAGCCAUACUAUGAAACGGCAAACGAACACGUCUUUACACCUGCCAAGGGAUACAUAGCCAAGUACGGUGGCCCCGCCCUCGAUCAGUCCAAGGAAUAUACCCAAGCUCAGUGGGACCGCACCGUACAGCCUAAGCUUGCGAUAUAUCAAGAUGCUGUCAAGGAACAAUAUGAUCGAAACAUCGCCCCUCGCGUAUCUCAAUUGCAGACUGCCAUGGCGCCCUACUUGGACAUUGCCCGUACCAGCGCCUUGCAGACCUAUUACGAAGUGAUCCAGCCUUCUUAUCACUUUUCUCAGCCGUACAUCUCCCAUGGCUAUACCGCUGCCUCGCAGUUCACCACCGAGACUGCCGUUCCUGCCGUGUCCUGGGCCUGGGACAAGACAUACGUCUUCCUCGACGCAUCUGUGUGGCCUCGUCUCCGAACUCUCUACGUCGAGAAUGUCGAGCCUCAACUCGCCCGUAUCGGUAAGCGCCUUGGUCGUUACAGCGGCAAGUCGCGGGCCGCCAUCGAGAACAUCUCCGAAAGGGUGUCGUCACAAACAUCCUCCUUCGCUAAGCCGUCUUCCCCCGUGUCCACGGCCUCAGCUAGCAACAGCGUCAGUCUCACCAGUGAGGCUCAGUCGUCCAUAAUAAUCGAGAGCACGGACAUUCCCGAUGCGGAGGAAGUGGCCAGCCAUGAUCAAAACGAACAAGUGGUUGCCCCCGCCGCUGGAGAGAACGAGUCUGAACUCCGAAGGACGGCUCGGGAGACAGUGGCGGAGGAUUUGGAGAAGUGGCAGACCAAAUUUGCCAAGGCUGCCGAAGAGGGCGCCGACGAGAUCGAGGAGCGAGUCUGGGAGAUCGUCCGUGAGAUGAUUGAGCAAAACGCCAACACGAUGGGGAAGGCUCUGGUCGCAGCUUUGGAAGAUACCUUCAAAGCCGAGGUCGAGCGCCUGCACAAGGAGAUUGUCCGCAUCGUUGACAAGGGGAACGAGACGGGCGAAAAUGCGGAGGCAGAGCUGGUCGCCGCCGUUAGGGCAGCCGGCAUGUCCAUCAAGAAGAAUGCCCAGGCCAUUCGCGAUUGGAAGUCCGACUUUGAGGAAGGCAUGGAGUCCGCCAUCACCAAGGCCGCCGAGAACCAUUUCAAAAUACUCGAGAGCAUCCGCGACCUGGCCCUCCAGCGCAUUGGGAUGAAGUGGGCCUGGAUGGACGGCAUCACUUACAAGGACUGGACAAAGUUCCACGAACUCCGCGAUAGGUUCGACGAGUGGACUCUAGACCUUAAGCAGCUCAUCGUCACUCACCCCGCCCUCGACGCCGCUCGUGAAGCCUCGGCCGAGGUAGAGGAUGCCGGCAUGACUGUGGCCCAGGCGGCCGCCCGGGAACUGGCCAGACUGAAGCAGGUCGCCCUAUGGAAGCUCGCCGCCGGCGACACCACGGACGAUUUCGAUAGCGAGAACAUGCGCCGAGCUGCGGAGGAAGUCCAGCGCGCAAAGGCUGAGGAGGCCGCAGCCGAGGCUUCUCGAGCCGCCGAAGCUGCCGAAGCCGCCGAAGCCGCCGCGGAAGCCUCGCGACUAGCGGAAGAGGAGGCGGCUGCCGCGUCGGAAGCUACCGAGGAGCAACCCCAGCAAGCCACGGAGGAAGUCGACGAAUCAAGCGGCUCAUCACCUCCGGAACAAGACCCGUUGGAGGAAGCCGCAAGCGUCGUCGAAAAUGAGUCGCAGGCUACGGACCUCCCGGAUGAGGGAGUGUCCGACGCCCUCGAGGAGGAUCCUCUCGAAUCAGCUGCGAGCGUCAUCGAGGAUCAAUCACCGGCUGAUGACCUGUCCAACAAUAACGCCGGUGAAGACGAGUAUAGGGUGUAUGAGUCCAUCAGCAGCGCCGCUAGUCAAGCUUCGAGCGUCGUCCUGGGAAGCUCAGGAUCCAACCAGCCGGACGACGUCGUAUCUUCCCCCGACCUUGCAUCAACCCCUCUUCCUGGCGAUGGGCAGACUUUUAUUGUUGCCAGCAACGACAGCGAACCAGCUGGUGAUAAUUAUAGUCGAGGACGAUCCGAUACCGAAGGUCAGGCGCAAGUGCCCAAGCAGGGCGCCGAGGAUGAAGUAGACGAGCAUCUCGAGGACCAACUCGAUCAAGACAUGAUUCCAGAAUCGGUCGAGGAUGAGCCGGUCUCGGCCGAGACGGGCUCGGUGAAGCCUGUGUUCCUGGGCGCCAUGGCGCAGUCUGUUCCCAAGCGAGAGGGCCCCAUCCUGGAUGAAGACGCUGACGUUGACGACGACGAGACCACCUUCCACAGGCUGUCGGAACAAGCGCAGGAGGCCUACUCUAACGCAAUGUCCCACGCGUCGGAGAAGUAUGCCGAAGCCAUGUCUGCUCUCUCGGUCCAAAUCUACGGCACUCCCAAGCCAGACCCCACACAGCAGGAAAUGUUUGCCUCGGUCUCGGGAGCAUAUGCGGGCGCGAUUGAGGCGGCCAACUCCCGACUACAUGAGGUGUUGGACGCGGCGUCGAAGAAGGUAUACGGCACGCCCACUCCGACAGCCACUCCUUCGCAUGUCAACUGGGCCAGCGUCGAAGCCCUUGCGGCUCAGCGACUUGAUGAGGGCCGCCGUUGGGCCGAGGAGCAAUUUGAGGCGGCCAAAGUCAAGCUAGGCCUCGCCACCGCCACUCCGUCGCCCACGCCGACCAACGCGAAGCUAUUGGAACAAGCGAAACUGAACUACUACGCUGGCCUCGGGGCUGCCCACGCCAGGUACUCGGAAUUCCUCGCGGCGGCGGCUUCGGCCUUCAGCUCCCUAAAGGGUACCUCGACACCCACCGACGCUGCCGGAACUGCGUCGUCUGUGGCAGCGGUAGCUACGCAAUCCGCUGGUGCCGUUGCAUCCGGUGCGCAGCAGGAGGCACUCUCUGUCGCGUCGGUUGUGGGUGGCGGAUUCGACGCGGCGGCCUCGAUUGUGGGCGACACUGUCAACGCGGCCGCGCAAGAGAUCUUGGAGGCCGCAGAGGCCGUCGAACGAGGCAUAACCGAUACAUGGGAGAACGUGGUCAGCCAGAUCAGCGCACAGGUAUACGGCGUUCCCACGCCUACGCCUACGGCCUGGUACGACGGUCCAUAUCAAGAGGUCGAGAAGUUGGCGGCGCAGGCUCCCGAGCAAGCAGCGAAGCAGUACGAGAUGGUUUACAGCCUCGUGCAGGAGCUCGUGGCUGGUAAAGAACCCACCUCGUCGGAGAGCAUCCUGUCUCGGUUCCAGGCCGCGUACGCAACAGGGGCGGCGGCGGCAGGGGACUCGGUCAACGCGGCCCGGGAAAAGCUCAAUAGUGCGGCGGCCGCUGCGGCCGAAGCUGUGCGAGAAGGCCUGCACCCGGCGCGCGACGAGCUUUAG